AUGACCAUUUCUGAUCAUGAAACUGUAAAUCUUAAUAAUGAUGUGGAUUUGAUUGACUUAUCAGAUCAAUCUUCAGUCAAUGUACAAUCAGAUGAAGUUAAUACCUUAAUCAUUAGCCCUCAGAGUGAAUCGAGUAUGUUACUUGAUUUAACUGAAGAAGAGUAUAACUUUAUCAAUGAUACUGACAACAGAGGAAAUGAUUCUACUAAUCGUACAUUACCUGGCUCAAGCAUUGAAAAUAGCAUAGUAUUAGACGAUGAUACCUUUGCCUUUUUUAUUGAAGCUGGUCUCGAAAAUCCUGAAGAACUUUCUCAGUUAGGUAUUAACAUUGACGAAAUCAAAGCUCAAAGAAGCCUUGUAGAAAGACUUGAAAGAGAAAACCAGAGAAAUGCUGAAAUUGCACAGCAGCUUCAAAGUCAGUAUGCUUUUGAUUUAAGCUCUUCUUCUUCUGAAACAUCUUCAUCCGUUAUUACUUCUCAAAUCAGCUCCCCUUCAGCUUUCUCACAAUCUAUCAUGCCGCGCCCAGAAACUGUAGCUGGUCCUUCUUCUAAAAGAGGACUUGAAUCUACUAGAGAAGAAAGUAUAAACAAACGACAAAAAACAUUAAAGGGCAAAGAGCCUAUUGAAAUUCCUGAUGAUGUUGAUUUAAUUGACUUAACAAAAGAUGACGACGCUCUUCCUAUUCGUUUAACAUAUUCUGAUCUUCAUCAUAGUAACUUGAUUUAUGAUAGUGAUGAAGAUAAUAACGAUGAUGAAGAAGAAGAUGCACGUUUAGUCGAUUAUUUAAGUCAUGUGCCUUGGACCACUAGAGAAUUUAACAACAGUCGUGGUCACUUUAGAAUGACGACUAAUAACAAUAUACCAUUUCCUUUGGAUAUUCAAUCAACACAUAUGGCUUCCAUCGCUAGUCAAUAUUAUUCGAUACAAAACCGCAAAAACAUUUAUGUUCCUCCUGAAGAGAUUGAAAAAGAACUACGUGAGUUAUUGGAGAACAUUAGUGAUGAUGAUCCACCACCACAAGACAGAGCAGGAACACCUAAUGGUCUUUCUAUUAACUUAAUGGAACAUCAAAAAAUUGGGCUUCAAUGGAUGAUUAAAAUGGAAAAUUCAAGUAAUAAAGGUGGUAUUUUAGCUGAUGAUAUGGGUCUUGGAAAGACAAUUCAAGCCUUAGCAACCAUAGUUGAAAGGCCUUGCCCUAACCCUACUGUAGUUCCUGCUUCUAAGAUUGGUAGCAAAAGGAUCACUGUAGUUGAAGGCGAGCUACUUGUAAAAGCUACUUUAAUUGUAUGCCCCGUUUCCUUAAUGGAUCAAUGGCGUAGAGAGAUUGAACAAAAAACUAACCCUAAACUAAAAGUAUUAGUAUUUCAUGGUGCUAAUAGAACAAACAAUCCAUACGAUUUUGCUCAAUAUGAUGUCAUUAUAUCUUCGUAUGCUGUUACUGCCACCAAUUUCCAUGAGAAUUGCAAAGGUCCCAUUUCUAAAGUAAAGUUUCAUAGAAUUAUACUAGAUGAAGCACAUACGAUUAAAAAUAGAAAUACACUCUCUGCUCGUGGAUGUUGCCAAGUUGAAGCAACUUACCGUUGGUGUAUGACAGCUAAUCCUAUACAAAAUAAAAUUGAAGAGCUUUAUUCAUUGAUUAAGUUUCUUCGUAUAAGACCCUUCUGUGAAUGGGAAGAGUUCCGUGACACAAUUCUUAAGCCAAUGAAGUCUGGUAAUCAUCAUAAGGCAAUUAAAGUAACCUCUGUCCUCAUGAAAGCAAUCGCUCUUCGUCGUUCUAAGAAGGCUAUGGUUGAUGGUCGACCUAUUUUGGACUUGCCAGCACGUAAUAUCCACAUGACACAUAUUGAUUUCUCGCCUGAUGAACGUAUACAUUAUGACUUUGUUGAUAAACGAGCUCAAGCGCGUUUGAAUAGAUAUAUUCAAUCAGGAACUGUUAUGAAAAAUUACUCCUCCGUCUUGGUGUUAUUGUUAAGACUUCGACAAGCGUGUUUGCAUCCCAGUUUAACACUAACUGAAGGAGAUCCUGGCAUUGCAGUAAAUGAAGAUACACAAAUUCAAGUCGCAAAGAAAAUGAAACCAGAAGUUGUAGAACGUUUGUUGAGACCAGAUAAUCCUAUCAAUAGUGUAGAAUGUCCUAUUUGUAUGGAUACCGCUGAAAACGCAAUGAUUCUUAAAGGAUGUGGUCAUAUCCUUUGUAGAGAAUGUCUUGAUAAUUUUUUGACCGUAGAAGUUGAUGUAGAUAAGCGUUGUCCACAUUGUCGUGGUGAAAUGAAUAAGCAAAGCGCUAUUCCAGUAGAGGUCUUUGUAAAGGUUCAUGCCCCACAUCUUUUAAAAGAAGCUGAAGAUGAUUUGGAUGAAGAAGCUGAAGAAAAAAAAGCUGAAGCAAAAGUAAAAGAGUUUAUUUCUAGUGCCAAAAUCGAUAAAAUGCUACAGAUCUUGGAUCAAACUGCUACUAAUACGAAUGGAGAAGAUAAGACAAUUAUAUUUUCUCAAUUUACCGCGUUUCUUGAUUUAUUAGAUAAACCUUUAAAAGACCGUGGUCAUAAAUAUUUAAGAUAUGAUGGUUCUAUGGAUAUUAAACAUCGUGCAGAAACAGUGAAUAAAUUUUUUGAGGACCCUCAAUACAAGGUUUUGCUGGUCUCAACCAAGUGCGGUUCUUUGGGCUUAAAUUUAACAUGUGCUAAUCGAGUUAUCUUAAUGGAUGUGUGGUGGAAUCCUGCACUUGAAAAUCAAGCCAUUGAUCGUGUUCAUCGUAUUGGACAAACAAAAGCAGUUGAUGUCCAUAGAAUUUUUAUCAACAACACUGUAGAGGAUCGUAUUUUAGAACUACAAAAUAAGAAGCAGCAAAUCGCGGAUGGUGUUUUUGGCGAGGGUUCAAUAGGACAAUCGGGUCGUUUACGUCUUGAAGAAAUGAUUUACCUUUUACGUGGUGGUCCUUUACCUUCUAGUUUAGAAACUAAUGUUAAUGGUGAAGGUUCUUCACGAACUUCUAAUGUACAAGAAUACAGCUUCUGA